AAGAGUUACAUUGCUUAAAAAUGGGAAAUGUAUUUGCAGUAAUAAAGCCAAUGUUACAUGGUAUAAUGAAAGUUAUUGGAAUGACAUCCAAGUUGGUUGAGAUAGAACCAGGAACUACCUUGCAUUUAUGGGUUCCAAUUCAUCACAACCCAAACAACAAAACUAAGCCUGCAGUUGUAUUUCUCCAUGGAUUUGUUGCCAAUGGAAUUAUGACCUGGCUCUUUCAAAUGAUCUCCUUACGAACUUCUUUUGCUGUCUACGUCCCUGAUUUACUUUUCUUCGGAGACUCCUUCACUCAUCGUCCCGAACGGUCAACGAGUUUUCAGGCACAUUGCUUAGCAAAAGCUAUGAUGAAGCUAGGAGUUGAAAAGUUUUCUCUAGUCGGAUUCAGUUAUGGAGGAAUGGUUGGUUUCAAGUUGGCCCAAUUGUAUCCUCACAUGGUUGAAUCUAUGGUUAUGUCAAGCACAGUUAUAGAGAUGACUGAAUCCAUUAGCAAUGCCUCUUUGAAGAACAUUAAUGGAUUCACAACUUGGGCUGAUUUGCUUUUGCCAAAAACCAUCACUGAUCUCAAAGUUCUUUUAUCUAUUGGCAGUCAUAAAUUUCCUUGGUUCCCUCAAUUUUUCUACAGGGAUUUUCUUGAGGUAAUGUUUGGCAACAGAAAGGAGAAAGAAGAACUUCUUGAAGCUUUAGUAGUCAGUGACAAAGACGCCACAAUUACGGACCCUAACUACUCCCAGAGGAUUUAUCUUUUAUUCGGAGAUGACGAUAAGAUAUUUAAUCAGGCUAUUUCUAAUACCAUGAAAGCAAAAUUGGGAGGAAAUACAACAUUGGAGUACAUUAAAAGAGCAGGACAUCUUGUUCAAUUGGAGCGGCCAUGCACGUACAAUCAUUCUCUCAAGAAAUUUCUUUCGUAUUCAAGCUAAGUGGCUAUAGAAACAUGUGAUGUAUCUAUACGACAAACGUCACAUUUUUCUAUUACUAUUAUAAUUACUUCU